AUGCCUAUCCGCGUGGAUACGCGCGACAACCUCCGUCCCAAGCGGCCAGCUGCGAACAAGCUCCCCCUCCGUAGGCAUGAGGUGACGCCCGAAGAUAGAGCGAGCAACGUUGAGGCAUCAUCUUCAGAGGAGAGCGAGGAGGACAUUGACAACGUGCUCGCCCGCCUCGGAAAGAAGUGCGAGAUUGCAGACCCGAUGGAGCGUUUUGUCAAGUGGUAUAAUGACGUCAACUACCACCUCAACGCAGGUAGCUUGGACAACAUCAGCAGCCUGGACGGUGCUGAAUCGCAGGAGACCCCGGUCACAGGCGCCUCAGUGGGCGCGCUUGGAUCAACGCAAAGGGCGAAGCCAAAGACCACUACGUCUCCCACUUCUGCCGCUGCUAGACCCACCCUACAUGUGAAAACAGCUAGCCCUGCCACCAAACGUCUUGCAGCUGUCAAGCAGGCCGCGUCACGUCCGCCGCCCACCACUGCAAAGUCCACCGAGACAGAGGCGCACCCCAAGAAGAAACCCACCGCCGGCAAGCGCAAGGUGCCUCCGGCUCUAAAACCUGCACCUGCGCGUACUCGUAUCUUCUAUGCUCGCCGAGCUAAGGAAACUUCCGAGUCUGCGCUAGCACCAGGCCGCCUUCCCUCCUGA